GGAGGAGGAGGAGGCAGAGCAAUGCUGAGCUGAUCCCACGUGUGACGAGCUUCUUCCCGGCUCAAUAAUCUUGUGUUGUGGGCUCCUCGUAGCUUAGCUGCUGCCAGUCUCCCUGCGUGACACACAGCAGUCCCAGUGCAGGAGUGCCGCCGCCGCCGCUGCUGUCGUCUGUGUGAGAGAGCCGGGCUGCGGCCGCUCUACCCUGACCUUACCGCUCCGCUCGCUCUCUCUGCUCCUCAGCUUUUAUUUUUGUUUUUUAUUUAGUUAUUAUUCUUAAUUUUGAAACUGUGUCAAGGGGCUAUGGAGGCUGAUGGGAGCCAGGCCACCUCCGGGAGUCCGAACGAUUCUCAGCACGACCCCGGUAAAAUGUUUAUCGGCGGCCUGAGCUGGCAGACCUCCCCAGACAGCCUCAGAGACUAUUUUAGCAAAUUUGGAGAAAUCCGAGAAUGCAUGGUGAUGAGGGACCCCACCACGAAGCGAUCCAGAGGCUUCGGCUUUGUUACGUUUGCAGAUCCCGCAAGUGUAGAUAAAGUAUUAGCUCAACCCCACCAUGAAUUAGAUUCCAAGACGAUUGACCCUAAAGUCGCAUUUCCAAGAAGAGCCCAGCCCAAGAUGGUCACAAGAACAAAGAAAAUAUUCGUAGGAGGAUUAUCAGCAAACACAGUAGUAGAAGAUGUAAAGCAAUACUUCGAGCAGUAUGGCAAGGUUGAGGAUGCCAUGUUGAUGUUCGACAAAACUACUAACAGACAUAGAGGUUUUGGUUUUGUAACCUUUGAAAAUGAAGAGAUUGUGGAGAAAGUCUGUGAGAUUCAUUUCCAUGAAAUAAACAACAAAAUGGUUGAAUGUAAGAAAGCACAGCCUAAAGAGGUUAUGUUUCCUCCUGGAACGAGAGGAAGGGCGAGAGGUCUCCCCUACACUAUGGAUGCAUUCAUGCUGGGGAUGGGAAUGCUGGGCUAUCCAAAUUUUGUUGCAACAUACGGCAGAGGAUACCCUGGAUUUGCACCGAGCUACAGCUAUCAAUUUCCAGGUUUCCCUACAGCAGCAGCCUAUGGACCAGUAGCCGCAGCAGCAGUGGCAGCAACCAGAGGAUCAGGAAUCCCAGAUUAUGGUUUCUAUACCUCGCCCGGUGACCAACGGGCCACGCUAUCGUUUGCGGAUUACGGUUCCAUGGGGCCUCGAGCGGCUCAGAUGCUUCGUAGUGAGCAUGCUGCUUCAGCAAGUAACUCCCCCCUCCAUCACCUUCCCAGCCCGGAUCAGUUUAAGAGCCCAGUCAUGAAUAGCUACAGUGCUCAACCGAAUUAUGGCGCACCCGCUUCCCCGGCAGGCACCAACCCCGCUCGACCUGGUGGAUUCCCAGGGGCUAACAGCCCAGGCCCCGUUGCUGACCUCUAUGGAACUGCUAGCCAAGACUCUGGUGUUGGUAACUACAUUAGUGCUGCGAGUCCUCAACCAGGCUCUGGUUUCGGCCAUGGAAUUGCUGGGCCAUUGAUUGCAACGGCUUUUACAAAUGGAUACCAUUGAAACGUUUCAGGUGAUUGGUUGCCAUCUCACUUUGAGAAUUUGUCUGGAUGCCCAGGCAAGACCGGGCGAAGUUUCUGAAUGGUCCCACGUUGGGAUGAUGUCAUCAGACCUUCAGUACUACAUUAUCAUUAGUACAAAAUAAAUAUGCAGAAACACAACUGGAGAUGGCAUUCUGGGGACUGGAAGUGUUUCAAUCUCGUCAUCUCAUGAACCUGCUGCGCUAUAAUAUUCUACAGCUUUUAUUUUUCCUUUACAAGAGAAAUUUGUCAGUUAUUGCAUUUAUCAGUGCAUUUUUGUUUUUCCUUAUGCAUUGUCCCUUUUGUUGCAUCUUUUUAAUAUUGUAGAAAAGAUAUUAAUGUUUGAUUAUUAUUUUUUUCCAUGUUUCUUUUCAUUAUUAUUUUUGCAGAGAUUGAACUUUUAAUGUAAGUUGAAAACUUUGGUACCAAUCAUGAAAGGAAAAAAAAAAGUGCUGGUAAUGAAAAAAAAAAAAAAAAAAAAAGAUAAAAAGAAAGGGUUUUAGCACAUUUGGAAAGUAAAUAUUGGGUUUUAUUUGGUACUGGAGAAAAAAAUCGAUUUCACGAUGUAUAUAAUGUAAAAGAGCAGCCGACUAAGGUGAUUUCUGUAGAUUUUUUUUUGUGACGUCUCCCUUUGUUAAACUGAUUAUCUAUUUUCGGCAAUAACUUAAGGACAAAAAAUUUUGAGUCCUCGGUUUUCUAUAAGUGCUUUUUUUUCUUGUUGAAAGAGGUGAUAUUCUAAGGUUUUAUGAAAUUCAUUCUUAAACAGAAGUGCUGUACAUAACCUUCCAUUAACUACGAGAAGGAAAAAAAAACUAUAUAUUUUUUGUGAGGGCGAGCAAUCUUCAGUAUCUCUGAACAGUACAGGCAGUAGAAAUCAACCUUGUAAAAGUUAUACCCUGACUGAGUUGCCAGGAUGUGCCCUAUUAGUUAGAGUAACACUGUUACAUUUGUUGUGUAGGUGUUUAGACCUGAUAACUGUACUAACGUCAUACCAGCAUAUUACCUAUUUAAACUUUGUGCACAGCUUAAAAGUCUAGUUCUAUUUUUGCUGUUCUGAGGAUAAAAAUAAAAAAAAUUGCCCACACUAAAAAUGAAGCUACAAUUGUAAUAUUUAAAGUAUUUAAAGUUUGAAGUGCAUCAUAUUUUUUGUAAUUUUAAAUUAGAUCAAAUAAUAGUCCAGCCAUUUCAGCUGCUCUAUGUAUUUGUUGUCAUUUUCAAAAGCUACUCCUGUUUUCAAGUCUCCAGUGACAGACGCAUGCCAUAUAGGAAAGGCAUCAUUCACCCUGUGUUCCCUUCUAAUCACCUUGUUCUCCUUUAAUUAAUUAGGAUUGCAAAUCAUUUGUUUUAUUACCUCAGUGCUCUAACUAUCAUGAUAGAGGAGAUAAAAAUAAUUUAUUAUAGAAAGAAUAAUAAUAAUAACAAAACUAUUGAACAUCAUUGCACUGUGACUGGUAGGGAAAACUGACAGUUUCCUAUUUGCACAAGAUUAUUUUGGCUGUUUUAUAUUUAGUCCUCUCCUGGGGAAGCUUAUGAAGGAUAUUUUAUUUUCGUUUUGUAUUCUCAAAUAAUAGGCCUACAACAGUGACAUAGAAGUACAACUUGGUGCAUAUGGCAUUAACGUACUGUUGUAUGAUUUUUUUUUUUGUAUAUGCCAAGUUUUAUUUUAUUUUUUAACUGUUACAUGUAAAAAAAAAGAAUUGGUACUUUUUCAUACAGCCAGUACAAGACACUGAAUGCUACAUUUCUGAAACAGAAGCUGCUGCACUCCUAUUUUUAUAAAUGUUACUAAUAGGUUAUUAGACCAUACUUAAUCUAGGUUCAGUAUAGCAAAUAUGGGGGGGAUGCUGAGUUUAAAUUGAGUUUUUUUUGUUUGUUUUUUAAAUCUUUUCCACAGUUGUAAGUGGAAACUCCGUUGUUUUAACUAAAUCUAAGUUUUUUUUAACAUUAAAUAUCAUUUCAAAGUAAAUCAAACCAAACCGCUCUGUGUAAUUAAAAGUAGAAAUUGGUCCCCAAACCUUAAUCUUGUCAGGGGAUUUUUUUAAAGCAAAUAUUUUAUUAAUGUCGAAAAUGUACUGUACUUCCAUACAUAUAAAUAAAUAAAUAUAUAUAUAUACACACAUGCACAUUUUGUUCAUUCCCAGCCACUUCAUAGAAUUUUCUUUUAUCCUCACUGACAUUGUAGCUGUGUAAAUAGUGGCUUGUGUGUAAAUGUGUUGUCCUGAUGCUAACAUGCUAAAUUCAUUUCUCUUGUUCUUAUAAGAAAUCUUGGUAGAUGUGUUGUACUUAAGAUUACAGGCAAAAUAGGUGUAGAUGUUCACAUUUAGGACCAGUAAGGAUAGAACUUUCUCUUUUUUUUUUUUUUUUUUUUGAGCAUUUUUUAAAAAUAUUUUUUAUUUUAUUUUA